AUGUUGUCGAAGCGAACUUUGGACAAUCCUGAAGAAUCCUCUCCAAAUCGAAGCAAACGACCUCGCCCUCCAAAACGCAUAGAAGAGGAGCUCGACGACGAUCUUCCUCUUGUCGGUUUACUGGGCCAAGUUGACGAUGAUGAGGAGGAGGCUAUUAAAGUCGAGGUCAUCGAGAACGAAAAUGAGCUGGAAAUAAAAGAAGAGGCCGUCGACGAAUUCGAAGACGAAGAUGACUUUUACCUCGGGGAAAAUAACGACGACGAUUUUAUUGAAGAAAUAGACAUAAAAGAAGAAAUAACCGGUGACGAGCCUGAUGUGCAACCUGAAAUUGACCGCCGUAAAUCAACGAGAAUUCCAGCAGCCAGCAGUAGCAGUGGUCACGCGACUUCUUCAAAAUCGACGGAAGGAAACGGAGAAAAGGGGUAUUCUCAGCGGUUUUUGAAGAGAGAAACGCUUCUCAAUCUGCCAGACGAAACAAUCAUCACAUUCCAAAUGUCAAAGUUGAACACCCUUUUCGAGCUGGUCAAGUGCGGCCGCUGCCAAGUCGGCCAUUUCAAGAUGCACAUCCGCGAGAAUGAAGACCGCUUCGAAAUCAAAUGCAACAAGUGUGCGCUCAAAGUCGCCAGCAAGAAGAUCAUCCAUUCCAGAGUCGCGCCAAAAGAUGCAACUUCUCAAAUGCCUGAGAAGGAGAAUAAGAAGCCAAAAGCAAUAAAGACGAAAGUUGAUGGAUCAAAAACAGGAUUUGCAAUCUUCAAGGAAGAGAAAAUAGCUGAACUGAAUCCAGAAAAUCAUCAUCUGAUCGAGCAAAUCUGGUUCGGCUUGAACAAAGAAGAGCGCGAGCAGUACAGAAAAACCACUGAUGAGUACAACGCAAAGCACGUUCCAGAAACAACUCAGUCCUCGAGCUCCAUGAUUGAGACCGACGGGGAUAUGAAACUGGGGAGCCAAGCUGGCUAA